AUGAUAAAUGAAACACCUUUUGGAUUCAGUUCCAUACCAGAAAGGAAAUGGAAAGUUGAUGACCUACUGGAGAGCAGACAGGAAGAUGCGUUUUUGCAGCUCAUGCUCACCAACAAGACGGUAAGCCUGGAAAGUGACAGCAGGCAGAAGGCCUUCCGUCUCAACAUGGACCCCAUUUCUUCAAGAAAUUUUCUGCUCAAAGUAUGUGAUUCAUGUGAAAUGAAUUUGAAAAAUAUUUCAGGCAUAAUUAUUGGUAAAAAGAACUAUUCCAGAAAGAAGCCUCAUGAGUUUAAUGUGUGAGAGAAAUCAUUCCUUACUCCUGUAGGAGAAAAAUCAUGUAACUACGAUGAAAGAAGGAAUGUCCUCAGCUUUUGCCAAACUCUCACUCAGCCAAUUUCUGACCAGUCUUUUGAGUAUAAUGGAAACGGACCAGGCUUCCAUGAGGAAGCAGCCCUUUUUACAAGUCAGAAGUCUCAGAUAGGGGAGACACUCUACAAAUUCACUGACACUUUAAAGCUCAGUGUAUCUCAGAGAAUUCCUUUGGAUAUUGAGCCACAUGAAUGCAGUAUUUGUAGGAAGUCCUUUUUAGUGGGUUUACAAUUUGGACAUCAGAGAGCUCUUACAGGGAACAGUCCUUAUGAACAUAAUGAAUAUGAGGAAAUCUUCUGUGACAGUUCAGCUUUCAUUAUUCAUCAGGGAGCUUACAAAAGAAAGAUUGCCCAAGAAUAUAAAGUGAGUAACAAAAUUUGGGAAAAGUCAACUCUCUUUAAACAUCAGAUGGUACAUGUGGUGGGAAAACACUAUGACUACCAGAAAACUGGGAAAAUUUUCAGUAAGAAAUCACAUCUCACCCAGUCUCGAAGAGCUCGCUCAGGAGAAAAAACUUUUGAAUGUGGUGACUGUGGUAAAACUUUCUUGGAGAAAUCAAACCUUACCCAACAUCAGAGAACACACACAGGAGAGAAACCUUAUGAAUGCACUGAAUGUGGGAAAGCCUUUUGCCAGAAGCCACACCUUACCAACCAUCAGCGAACGCACACGGGAGAAAAACCCUAUGAAUGCAAGCAAUGUGGAAAAACAUUCUGUGUCAAAUCAAACCUCACUGAACAUCAAAGGACACACACGGGGGAGAAACCCUAUGAAUGUAAUGCGUGCAGAAAAUCCUUCUGCCACCGGUCAGCCCUGACUGUCCAUCAGAGGACACACAUAGGGGAGAAACCAUUUAUAUGCAAUGAAUGUGGGAACUCAUUUUGCAUAAAGUCAAACCUUAUAGUACAUCAAAGAACUCAGAUGGGGGAGAAACCCUAUAAAUGUCCUGAAUGUGGAAAAACCUUUUGUGAAAAAUCAGCUCUUACCAAAGACCAGAGAACUCACACAGGGGAGAAACCCUAUGAGUGUAAUGUGUGUGGGAAGACCUUUAGUCAGAGAUCAGUACUCAAUAAACAUCAGAGAAUCCACACAAGGGUGAAGGCACUUUCAACAUCCUGA